AUUUGGAGUAGACUGCAGGCGAAAUAAUAGAUAUUGACAUUUAAAAUUUAAAACAAAAUGCGUUCGUGGUUAACUUUAACAUUGCUGGUGUGCAUUGCACUGGCAGCUCAAGCCACAAAGCCGCCUCGUUGGGAUCCCAAUUACAUAGUGAAAGGCACUCUCUAUAUACCCUAUGCUGAGAUAGCUGAACCCUUUUACGCCUGGUAUGACAAGAACACAAAACGCUCUCGCAUUGAUUACUAUGGCGGCAUGGUGAAGACCUAUCAGCUGGCCGGCGAGGGUCAAUAUGGCACCGCACUGAAACUGGCGCCCAUUUCCACAAAGGAGGAACUAAACAAGCUGAGCUGCCUGCAGGUAAAUGGAACCGCCGACCAGGUAGUGGAAAUCCAAAGUAUAUUGCCCGAUGCGAAGCCAUUUGCUCUGAUUGGCACUGAAUCUUUCCUCGGCUAUACGUGCGACAAGUUCCGCUUGGAGCAGACAAUUGGCCAGAAGAAGAAUGUUUACACUCUGUGGGUGCGGUACAAAAAGUCGCCUCAUUAUCCGGCUAGUCGAAUGCCCAUUCCAGUGCGUUACGAGAUGCGCGGCUACAAUACCCUGUUGGGCUCCCAUUAUGAUCAUUAUUAUCUGGACUAUGAUAGCUAUGAGCACGAUGACAUACCCAAUGAAGUCUUUGAGAUUGAUGAGAGUCUCACCUGCACUGGCUUCCCGGGACCGGGUCACUUUGCCACCUUCAAUCCGAUGCAUGAGUUCAUCUCCGGAAGCGAUGAGCAUGUGGAAAAGGCAUUCCAUCACUUCAAACGCAAGCAUGCCAUUGACUACAGCACCGAGAAGGAGCAUGAGCAUCGCAAGAAUAUUUUCAGACAGAACUUGCGAUACAUCCAUUCCAAGAAUCGUGCCAAGCUCACCUACAAACUGGCCGUCAACCACCUGGCAGAUAAGACAGAUGAGGAGAUGAAGGCACGUCGUGGCUACAAGUCAUCUGGUGUCUACAACUCGGGCAAACCUUUUCCCUAUGAUGUGGAAAAGUUCAAGGAUGAGAUACCCUCGCAAUACGAUUGGCGUCUCUUUGGCGCUGUCAGUCCCGUGAAGGAUCAAUCGGUGUGCGGCUCGUGCUGGUCUUUUGGAACCGUGGGUCAUCUGGAGGGCGCGUACUUCCUCAAGAACGGUGGCAAUUUGGUUCGUCUCUCGCAGCAGGCGUUGAUCGACUGCUCCUGGGGCUAUGGCAACAAUGGCUGUGAUGGUGGCGAGGACUUCCGCGUAUACCAAUGGAUGAUGCAAGUCGGCGGCGUGCCCACAGAGGAGGAAUAUGGUCCCUAUUUGGGUCAGGACGGCUAUUGCCACGUGAAUAACGUGACGCUUGUCGCUCCGAUCAAGGGCUUUGUCAAUGUCACUAGCAACGAUCCGAAUGCCUUCAAAUUGGCAAUGCUUAAGCACGGCCCACUCUCAGUGGCCAUUGACGCCUCACCUAAGACCUUUAGCUUCUACUCGAAUGGCGUCUACUACGAGCCGGAGUGCAAGAACGAUGUGGAUGGCCUCGAUCAUGCCGUAUUGGCCGUUGGCUAUGGUACCAUCAACGGCGAGGAUUACUGGCUGGUGAAGAACUCUUGGUCGACCUACUGGGGCAACGAUGGCUACAUUUUGAUGUCUGCACGCAAAAACAACUGCGGCGUCAUGACCAUGCCCACCUAUGUCGAAAUGUAAACUCUUAAAUAUCUAUAUGUAGUCACCUUUGCAUAUAUUGUACAAUUUAAUUUUUUAUAUAUUCUACAUUGUGUCACGCCCCGCGGGCUUUAAAAGGAACAAGCAAUAAAGCAUAUGUCAAUACUCUUCGUAAUCCCA